AUGCUAUUCCCACAACUAACCAGAGUUGCCGCUAGAGUGGCCUCCAGAAGAGCGUUUUCCGCCAGCGCCAGACAAUCCGCUGCGCACUUCAAGGAAGGUGUGUACACCAACAUCCCAGUCAAGGUCAAGAAUAGAAAGAUUCCGUUUGCGUUGAUCCACUUUGGAUGGUUCGGGCUAGGGUUCCUGGUGCCCUUCAUUUCAUCGUACGUGCAGCUGAAGAAGUCUGGUGUGUACUAG